GCACCGGCAGACUGAAAUUUGGUAGGUGACCUGAGGCCAGGCGAAGACACCAAAGAAGAAGAAACAUCAGGCGAUGACUACAGGAGAAGACGCCGCCCAUCGGAGAGUUUAACAACUGACCGUUUUCUGUCAAAGGUCAAAAUUUGUACGCAUCUCUCCGUUUUACCAUUGUGAAAAUAUUUCGGAUCUAUCUCUUGUUUAUACAUCUGGUUUAUUAUUCGGGUAAGAGGAUGUUUAAGCUUACAACGGGGAGAAAGCUAAGGUGGCUACGAAAAUCUGUCUCUGCAAAAAAACAAAAGAAGAGAGAAGAGGAUAAGAUAAGUGGACUACCAGAUGAAGUUCUGGUGUCCAUUCUGUCUCUCUUGUCAAUCGAAGAAGCAGCAAGGACUGCUGUCCUUGCGCGACGAUGGCGCAAGGUUUGGACUUUUAUUCCCACCUUGAAUUUUGAUGCUUCACAAGCGUUACUUGCCCUGAAGGAACGAAGAAGAAUAUUGGGAGAACUUGAUAAUAAGAUGCUUGCUGUGGAAAGGGACAAAUAUGUGGAUUGGGUAAAUCUUGUCUUGGAUGCAUAUCAGGGAUCUUCCAUAGACGAAUUUCGAGUUCAAUUUGAUUUGGAUGGAAAUCAUAGGCGUGAUAUUGACGAAUGGGUUGACUUUGCAUUUAAAAAAAAAGUUAAACGGCUGGUGAUGGAGCUCCAGAAGCACGUACGUUGUGUGCGUCAUAAGAAGGUUUACUCUUUCCCCCCAUUAUGUGACACUUUUAAGAGGCUGCAUUAUUGUAGAUACCUAAUCGCUCUAGAAUUGAAUUGUGUAAACAUAAGUGGAGAUAUUGUUGAAUACUUCAUAGCUAGUUGCCCAUCUCUUAGGCAAUUAUCUGUUGAACGUUCAGAUUCAUUCGUUGAUCUUAAAGUUUCUGGAGAAUCACUUUGCUUGGAGUACUUGAAGAUAGCAUAUUGCGACAAUUUGGAAAGCAUAUAUAUCUCUGCAGCAAAUCUCUUAUCAUUCGAGUAUUUUGGUAAAACGAUAAAGAUCACUUUCACGAAUGUACCCAAACUCGUUGAACUAUCUUUUCGUGGGAGAUAUCCUGAAUACAUCAUUCGUCAUUUUCCUGAGCUUUCAAAUUUUGCAUUUCAACUUGUGACACUUAAUCUAUUUGUGCUGCAUCUCGAGGAAAAGGUAAAACGUCGUAAAUUCCCUUUGCUUGCACACCUCAAGAAUUUUGAAUUGAGGGUUUAUGGAAGCGAGUUUGAGAGUCUUCUUACUUUUGCUCCUUUGAUAGAGGCAGCUCCUUCUUUGGUUAGAUUUGCAUUGGACUUUUAUUGGUAUGGGAAAACUGUGGAGAAGAGGAAACGAAAGAAGAUCCCAAAAUGUCUACACUAUUGUCUUAAGGAAGUGGAACUUGCUGGCUUUGUAGGGCAGACUAUUGACAUGGAACUUGCAAUAUAUUUGCUUGAGAAUGCGAUUGCGUUAGAGAAAAUUAUCGUUGAUCCUCUGUAUUUAUAUCAAAAUGGAUACCCAUUACUAGAUGAGAAAUUGAAGGAGAUACCAGCUAUCAUGAAGCAAGUAAUGAAACUCAAAUCUGAAUUUUCUCUGGGAGACAGAUUAAUACUUCGUAAUUUUUGAAGUGCAGUUUUAACUAUAUGUUUAUCUUUUUAAUGUGAUGAUUUAUAAUUGAGGAUAAUUUAUUUUUUUUCGUACUUAGGAGGGCGUGCAUCAUUAAAGCUUUUGUGAGACACUAAAAUAAUUAGAUCUUUCUCCUUUAAGUCCUUUGAAUUUCACCUCCUUGCCCCUUGUGGUCCUGAAUAAAAAUUACACGUAUUUAUUUAAAUUUA